AUGGUCCGAAUCAUCAACUGUUUCACUAUACUCCUUGCCGCUGCCGCCACCAUGGUUAGCUCUGCUCCUACAACUACUCCCGAGAACACCCUGAAGCGAGUCGGUCGAAGUGCCGCCGCUGAUGGCCCAGACAGCUCUACAGCCAAAGAUGACCGCUUCAUCGCUGAAGCCAAGGAAUUUGCUGAGACAGAGAUGAAGGAAGCUGAGGAGGCGUACAAGCUUGCAAAGGCUUUGUACAAACAGCGCAUAGACGCUGCUGAGAAUGGCGGCCAGAUCCAAUUCACUCAGUUUUCGGAGGUUUCCUAG